AUGGCAACGGCGUCAUCAUCGGCGGGUACGUCACCGCCGCGGAUAAAGGUGAAGAAGGAGAUUUGUACCGAUAACGAUACGAUCAAGGAGCUAGCCGAAACGGCCAUGAAUGAUAUACUAGGCUGGUACGGGUACGAUAAUGUCGAUCGUCUCGAGCUUGCAGCUAACAAUGCACAGUCUGCUGCUGCAUCCACCGCCAUCGACGAAGAUGGACCAGGCGUUCGUUUAAAGCCAUCGGAAAACGACGCAUCCAUCUCUUCCUGCUCGUCCACUAAUCUCAACAAGACCAACUCAAGCGCUCAGUCGGCACCUUCGAAACAUCAUCAUCAGCUGCAACAAUCCUCCAUCGGUGGUCACUUUCUUUCGCGACAGCAGCAGGACGACCUGACGAUCAAUCCGGUCCCAUCAACAUCAUCGAACUCGGGUGAACGGAGAAGCCGAGAAAUGACUCCCUCGACGACUGGCCGACCCGUACUGUCCGGAUCUCCGCCAGUAACAACAGCAACAUCGUCCACAGCGACACGGAACGGUAUCGGCUUACAUCAUCAGGCGCAUCAGCACCAUCAUCAUGCUUCAGUUUCAGCCGGUGGCGGUGAAAGUUCCACGUCGGAGAAGGACAGUUCGCGGGAAAGCUCCAAGAGCCCGAUGCUGAUGAAAAUGCUGGACAAGCAAGAGCCGACCUGCCAGUGGUGCCGUAAGGUGAUACCGUCCCACCAGACCGGCAUCCUGGGCACUACUGAGGGUAUGAUAUUCUGCACCGAGGCAUGCUUCUCCCAGUCUCGUAGAGCGUCCUUCAAGCGAGCGAAAACGUGCGACUGGUGCCGACACGUGCGCCAUGCCGUCAGCUACGUCGACUUCCAAGAUGGAGCCUCCCAGUUGCAGUUCUGCUCGGACAAAUGUCUCAACCAGUACAAGAUGCAGAUCUUUUGCAACGAAACGCAAGCCCAUCUGGAGAUGAAUCCGCACUUAAAGGAGAAGAGUUCCUCCACGGGAAGUCUCAUAACACCCGAACUAUGGAUGAAGAAUUGCAAAAGCUGUUCGAUAUCACCGGUGUCUGAUCGAUCCGAGUCCUUGUCACCGGUUCCAUCGAUACCGGUCCGUUCGUCGCCGGAACCAUCACCAAUUACGCUACGUUCUCCAACACCGGUUAAAAAACCGCUCAUUUCUGUAGCACCACCAUCGAAGCUACUCUCCAAAUCGGUGCAUCAAAGCUCUUUGAGCCGUUCGAAUCCAAAGAGUUCCCGUAAACGUCGCGCUGGUCAUAGACCAUCGGUGGGAGGAUCGCAUGCAUCCGCUUCUUCCAAACGAUCCACAUCAGCACAUCAAGCGGACUAUGCCGGUGGCAUCAAUAGUAACAGCAUCAGCAUCAACAACAAUAAUCUAACCAUCCCGAACAAUAACCUAACCGGAAGUCCACCAGUCGUCCACAAUACUGGGCCACCAAAAUCUGCACCCAAUGUACAAGACUUGAGGGUUUUGCAAAAGAAACAUAACUCCGCCAUGAAUCUUGCGUCUAAUGACGGUCCCCCGAUGGCAGCAUUCGAUGGGCGCGAUUUGUCAGCAGUCGGUGGUGCUCUUGGGCCACCACCACCUCCUCCUCCACCACCGCUAAAUAUUCCACCACAGUUCCUGCCACCACCGCUGAAUCUCUUGCGAGCACCAUUUUUCCCGCUAAAUCCAGCCCAGUUACGAUUCGGAGCUGGACUAGGUAACUUACCGAACGCUCAACCUCCACCAAACCAUGGGCCACCGAUGGGUCCACCACCGAGUCCACUGCCCGGUGGUCCUAUGGGUCAGGGCAAUCGUCCACCGGUACCGACCAUGUUCGGAUUCGGUACCGCUCCGCCCGUUACGAUUCUAGUCCCGUAUCCGAUCAUCGUACCGUUACCAUUACCCAUUCCGGUACCGAUUCCUGUGAUAGAUUUUUUGAAAGCAGCUCUACCGAAAGAGAAAACCGGCAAGACCGAACCACGGUCCGAGCCACGUAAUGUUAAGCCGGACGAUAAGCUUGGUGAACCGACCGUAAUGACGGUUGAGAGUGACGAAACGAUGCCGGAAGAGCUUCCUGAGGCGUCUGUCAUGGAGGAUGACUCGGAUGUGCCACUGGAUUUCACCGUUGGCGGAUCGGGAAAGCAAUCCGAACGAGACUUAGUUUCAACCGAUAGAGUCGAUGCUUGGAGUGAACCCGAACACACGGUUCCACAGGAGGAAACUACGUCUAGGAAUGAUGACAUGGCAACGUAUGCGCUCUCUACUGUUGUAUCGAAUGGAUCGGAUGCUGUUCCAGCAUUGGAAAAUGAUGAACAACAAGAAGAUUCGAGGCAAGUUUCGGCGAAACGAUUAUUACCGAAAUUUAAAAUCACUCGCCUGGAAGCGCAAAAUCAUCAUGAAACGGGAGAAGGCAAUGGAAGUAACGGGGAAAUACCAAAAGAGGAAACAGAUAUCGAACGAGAAAGGAAAGAGAUGGUCGAACGUAGUCGCCCCUUGCGCAAACGGAAACGGCUCGUCGUACAGCAACAUCUGCACACCAAACACGAGAUGCAGGAUCCUUUGAAUGAGGGAAUUACGGAUGAUCAAGAGUAUGGUACAGGGCUUGAGUUGAGGUCAGGUAAUAAGAGUCAGUGA